AUGGGUCGGAAUGUUGGGAAGAAAGAGACCCAAUUGCACCAGGGAAAGGAGGAGAAGCCGCCUCAAACGCCGUCGUCUAAGGAGGAGGGACACCCGACUCCGGCUCAAUUGUCCAAACCCAGGCCCAGGCCCAAACCCAACACCAACCCAAAACCUUCUCCUCUCAAUCCGGCAAAGCUGAAGAAGCCAAACAAGCCAAACGAGAAAGAAGUAGAGCAUUCCAUGCCCAUGAAGGAGCUUUCCAAUACCCAAAUUAAGAAUAUGUUGGGUCAAGCAGGGAAGUCCCCGGCCCUUAGCAAUACGCAGUAUGAGUUUCCAGUUGAUGGUUCACCCUCACGAGGUCAAGCGAAGUCAUCUGCUGUCAUUCAAGCACAGGAAGUUCGAUCAAAACUAGAGCCUCAAUUUCCUAGCUUCGUGAAAUCUCUGGUCAGAUCACACGUCGCUAGUUGUUUUUGGAUGGGGCUUCCUUCGCUGUUCUGCAAAUCACACUUACCAGAUAAAGAUAUUACAAUGACUUUGGAAGAUGAAAGUGGUAGACAGUGUCAGUUGAAAUACAUUGCAUACAAGACAGGACUGAGUGCUGGUUGGAGACAGUUUGCUGCUUCGCACAACUUGAUUGAAGGAGAUGUUCUUGUCUUCCAAUUAGUUGAACCUACCAAAUUUAAGGUUUACAUAAUAAGGUCAAAUGAUUUGACUGAAGUUGAUGGGGGUCUUGGGCUUCUAAAUUUGGAUAGUCAUACAAAACGAAAGGAUGCAGAUAAAGAUAAUUCAGAAACGGGCACUGAGGCUUGUAAUGACGCUACGAGGAAACGUGCACACUCUCCUCCUUCAGAAGCGCAAAAGAAGAAAAAGAUUGGCUUGCAGCCGGUUGAACAAUCUGAAGAUGAUAGUGACGAGGUUGAUUCGGAAGUUUUGGAAGAAUCCAAAUUACCAGACACAGCUCUUCAAUUUGAAGACAUCCAAAGUUUUGAGAACUUCAGCAUUCUAGUAAAUGGGUUGCUUGUAGAUUCCGAGCUCCCCGAAGAUGUAAGAAGAAAGUACUACAAGCUCUGCUGUAGCCAGAAUGCAUUUCUUCACGAAAACGUUGUCGAGGGCAUGAAUCAUAAAUUGGUUGUAGGUGCUAUAUCUGAAACCGUAAAUAUUGCUGAUGCCAUCAAAGCUUGCAAACUUACUACGACUUGGGAUGAUUUUGUGUCUUGGGACAAAUAUUUAAAGGCCUUUGAGCUGUUGGGGAUGAAUGUUGGAUUUUUACGCGAUCGGCUAUGCCGGCUUGCAAACCUUUCCAACGACUCAGGAGCUGCUGUGGAGGCAAGGAUGUAUAAAGAAGCUAAGAUUGAACGAUCACAAGCAGGCAUAGGAAUAAGAAAUAUUGAGGUAAAGCUUGAGGAAUUGAGGGAUGUGUGUGAUGAAUUUGGUGCUGCCAUUGAGAGUCUGAGAUCAAAAGCUGAAGUCUAUACGCUCAAGUUCCACGAAGAGGUUACUUCUCCAUGGUAA